UUGGGCAGCACAUUUUUAAGGGUAGCAUAUUUCACCGCAGCAGAUUCGACGCGGUGAUUUCUUUAAAAAAAUCUCAAUACACUACAUAUUUACUUAUAAGCACACGCCAUAGACGCAUGUUGCUAAAUAAGAGCAUAUUUUGAUUUUCCCUACCAUAUUUCUACAGAGGUAAGCAAUCCAAACGGAUGUCGUAUGUCGUCAGCAAGAGCGUCACUUCUCCGUUCUGGCGGGCGGCUUCAAAACAACAACGAAGCACGCCAAGGAACCCCUAAAAUGCUAUAAGUCCGCCAAAUAUGGUUUUAUCGCAUCGAAUAAUCUAUAGUCACCAUUCUCAGGUGUUUUAUCUUGCGAGGGCACAGCAAUCUUACGUUACGGGGUCGCUAACAGGCUCACUGUCGAUAGUGGAGUGACUUGGCUAAUGCAGAAAUGGACAGACCGUCAAGGAAGAUAAAGGCUGUCAAUUACUCUGAGUCCAAGGAGUUUAACGACGACGAUGAUGAUUUUGCCAGCGUGAAGCCCCCACCCAGCAAAAAAAUCAAAGAGGGGCCGAAGCUACAGGAGCACAAGAAAUCCUCAAGCCAAGAGUCAAAUUUACAGUCGCCAUGUCAGAAAGUGGACAGAAAACCUUUAGAUGAGAAGCUGCUGGCUCGCGAUCUAGAAGCUGCCAUCACGCUCUCCUUGCUAAAUGAUACAGACGGGAUUCCCACUGGUGAAGGUGUAAAGCAAAUGUUAUUGUUUAAAAAAACAAAGAAAAACUCAGGAGUGGUUGUCCCUGCUGAUGAGAACACAGACCCUGCCCCCCUGCACCGCUCCAACUGCAGCAUAGACUCGUCCAUCCUGGGACUUGAUCAAAUUUCAUCGGAGAAAGAAGCCAGAUUGAGAAAGGCCGCUCAGGAUGAAGAUGAGGACUACCAGCCAAAACCGACGCCAGAUUCGGAGAGUGAGGAUGCUUUCAGCGAGGCGGCCGAGAGCGAGGAUGAGGAGGAAUUCACAGUAAAGAAAACCAAAAAGACGACGACAGGCAAGAAGGAGAAGUCUCCGAGGCAUUCAGUCUCCAAAAAGGAACCGCCAAAGUUGAAACCACAGCCAAGAACAACAGCACCUUCCACACCAGCAAGAAGUCCCCCGAAACUUAAACUCGCGGCCAAAAGUCCAACUUUGACAGCCUCUGUGCCUAAACCUGCAGUCUCAAUAAGCCCAACAGGCAGCAAAAUUCCCAAAUGGAACCCGCCAGGUCAAAUCGGGAAAUGUCCGUCUUCAUCCCAGAGUCCCCCAGUGAGGUCUCCGGGUCAGGGUCUGCGCCUAGGACUGUCCCGAUUUGUGCGAGUCAAGCCUCUCCACCCUGGCGUCGCCACCACCUGACAGGAAUCAUUUUCAUGUUCCAUCAUUUAGUUUUUAACAGAUGCAUGUAAAUAUUAAUUUGCAAUUUCUAGUUUUUUAUUGCAGGUGUGUGAUUUAAAGCCAAUAUGCAAGUAAAUGUAGCACAUUGGUUUUUAAAUGUGUACAAUAUGUGAAAAAUAAAGUUCUAAACAAAAUAUACCACCUACAGUAUUG